UAUAAUGGCAUUUUUGUUAUUCCACAUAACUGAAUGGCACUUUUGCAAAUUAACUCUCAAUACAUAGCAGAAUCCUCUUCCUUCCACCCUCAUUCCCGCAAAGCAAAUCAAUCGAAUUCCCGAUUUUACCCUCCAUUCCAAACCUAAUUUUCAAACCUUAACCAGAAACGUCUUUCUUUCUUCUCCUUCGUUUCUUGUGAAACAAUCCAUGGAACACUCCAUGGCAAAACACGGCUUCCUUCGCAACAUUCUCGUCCGAAUAUUCUCAUUCGCCGUUCUCAUCUUCGCUGUUCGAUUCGCUAUCAUCGUCACCAUCCACGGAGAAUCAUGCAACUCCUCCGAUUUCUGUAUCUUCUCUGAAAAUCUCAACCUCACCGCCCCCUCUCAUCUCUCCACCUCCGGUGAUCCAUUCUCCGGCAAGAAUUGGCGCCGCUCCGUCGAACACUACGCCUCUAUUUUUCAAGAUCUCAUUGGAGAAGGCUCGCUUUUACCGAAUUCUAAAGCUCUCUGCAUUGACACUCCCACCGGAGAAGAUGUUUUAGCGUUGAAGGAAAUCGGUGUUGUGGACUCCGUCGGAAUCUUCAAGAAACCGUCACCGCCGUUGAUUAUACAAGGAGAAGGCCGGAAACAUCCAUUUCCCGGUGAUUCCUUCGAUUUUGAAUUCUCCGGUAACGGCCGUUUGGAAGAAUCCGUUAAACCAGCAGAAUUAGCCGGGGAGAUAUGCAGAACUCUCCGUCCGGGAGGAUUCAUUGCGGUUCACACGACGGCGAGAGAUUCAUACAGCUUCAAUUCAUUUCUUGAAUUAUUCAAUUGCUGUGAGUUCAUCAGAACAAGAGAAAUCAACGGUGUUGAUUCAUCAACAAUUCUUGAAAUUUUGAUGAAAAAGAAAAUUCUUCAAAAAUUCAAAACCCUAGAUUUUGGAGUUUCACCCUCAAAUGGUAAUUACCAUUCAGUGAAUAAGUGCUUAAUUCCACGUUACAAACGUGAAAUAGUGAAUAAUGCAGAAUCAUUGAUACUAGAAGAGCCAUUGAAACCAUGGAUUGCAUUGAAGAGAAACUUGAAGAACAUAAAGUACUUAACUUCAAUGGUUGAUAUAAGUUUCAAAAGCAAUUAUGUUUAUGUUGAUAUUGGAGCAAGAAGCUAUGGUUCAAGCAUUGGAAGCUGGUUCAAGAAACAAUACCCAAAGCAGAAUAAAACAUUUGAAGUUUAUGCAAUUGAAGCAGAUAAAGCAUUUCAUCAAGAGUAUAGAACAAAAAAAGGUGUAAAUCUAUUACCCUAUGCAGCAUGGGUUAGGAAUGAGACAUUGUUUUUUGAGAUAACAAGAGACCCAAGUAAGAAAAUGAUGAUGAAAGGUAGAGGAAUGGGUAGGAUUAAUCCUGUUCAAACAAGUGCAAGUCAUAUGGGUGAUAAGGAUAAGAUUCUAGGGUUUGAUUUUGCUGAAUGGUUGAAAAGUGUUGUAACAAGUAAGGAUUUUGUGGUUUUGAAAAUGGAUGUUGAAGGUACUGAAUUUCAUUUGAUACCUAGGUUGAUUCAAACUGGUGCGAUUUGUUUGAUUGAUGAGCUUUUUCUUGAGUGUCAUUAUAAUAGGUGGCAAAGAUGUUGUCCUGGUCAAAGAAGUGCCAAGUUUCAGAAAACAUAUUCUCAAUGUUUGGAUUUGUUUACUUCACUUAGGAAUAUUGGUGUUCUUGUUCAUCAAUGGUUGUGAUAAUCGAUAGUACAAACCUGUUUGUAUAGGGAUUUUUUUGUAGAUUAAUUUUUGGUCAAUUGUUGUUAUAGAUGUAAAUGAAGAGUUUAAUGAAUGAAAGAUUUUGUUUAUUUUA